AUGAGAGAGAAAGUUAGUGAGAGAGAGUCCCCAACCCCAUCCAAACAACAGCCCCCAACACCAAUCUUUUCCCAAGCACAACCAUCAUCCUCUCUUGCUCCACCCCUUCUACAACGCCCUCAGUCUUCACCACUCCAAUCCUCCACCCUUUCUUCCUCUCUUCCUCCUACCCUAUCCCUUGUCACCCCUUCACCUCUCCGAUCAAACCAAUCCUUCCUUGAGGCUGAAUAUGAGUCUUUUUGUUCUAACUGGAUUGAUUCAAUCAUUUCUAAACCUUGCGGGAAGUCAUUCUCCACUGAGUUCUAUGCUGAGAAUCUCAACAAACUCUGGAAACCAAAAACUCCAACCUCAACCUUUCCAAUUGGAAAAGGUUACUUCAUUUCUAAGUUCAGCCAUCAAGAGGAUCUAGAUCGUGUGCUUGGCAAGGGUCCUUGGUUGUUAAAUGGUGCAUUCAUAGCAGUAGAGAAGUGGAAACCCGGGUUCAAACCAUCAAGUGCUCCUCUAAACAGAGUGGCCUUAUGGGUUGAACUUCCUGAGCUCCCUGCUGAGCUAAACAACAUUACUAUGUUGUCAAAAAUUGGUAAUGCAAUCGGCUCCUUUGUUAAAAGAGACAACUCCAGAGCAAUGAGAACGGCGAGAAUUCUUGUAUUGAUCAAUGAGGAUCUUCCAAAGAAGAAUCACAUUUGGUUUAGGAAUAUCAAGCAAGAAAUUUGUUACAAAGAGCCAACUCCAAAGCAAUCGUUUCAGAAACACCCAGCUAAUCAGAGCUCGCAAGCUACCUCCCAAAAAAAAUCCAAAACAGUCUUCAGCUAUCACCAAUGCUUCAGAUAA